GUAUAGGCGCAAUUAUAACAGAUGAAAAUGGUAUUGUUGGGUUGGAACGUAUUUUGUAUGGUAAAGACACUUUUCAGAUAUCUUGUGGGGGUGAUAGUGGAGGUCCUGUGUUUCAUUAUUUGCGAAGUUUAUUAAAUGUUGGUCUAAUUGGCGUACACGUUUCAUCAUUUGAAGAUUUUUCUGCAUCUACACCUUUAGAUAUAAUUCUCGAUGACG